AGUCUUCGUCUCCUUUCGUGUUUACAAAGGCAGAGUGAGAGCUCUUCUCACCCUCGAAUCUCGUCCCUCUGGUGCAAAUUCCAGUCUCUGUUCCUCUUUGUUAACAAAGGACUCCAUUUUCCGAAGACAGGUAACUAACUCUCCAUGACGAAGCAGCACGCGAACUGGUCUCCUUACGAUAACAACGGAGGAACAUGUGUGGCCAUAGCUGGAUCGGAUUACUGCGUUAUCGCCGCCGAUACUCGGAUGUCUACCGGGUACAGCAUUCUCACUCGCGAUUACUCCAAAAUCCAUAAACUAGCAGACAAAGCUGUGCUCUCUUCCUCUGGCUUUCAAGCUGAUGUGAAAGCUCUGCAGAAAGUACUUACAUCAAGGCACUUGGUUUAUCAACAUCAGCAUAACAAGCAGAUGAGCUGUCCUGCUAUGGCCCAGCUUCUCUCCAACACGCUUUACUUCAAGCGGUUUUUUCCUUACUAUGCGUUUAAUGUUCUCGGAGGGCUUGACGAGAAUGGUAAAGGGUGUGUCUUCACGUAUGACGCUGUUGGUUCGUAUGAGAAGGUUGGAUACAGUGCUCAAGGUUCUGGUUCGACUCUGAUCAUGCCGUUUCUUGACAAUCAGCUCAAGAGUCCGAGUCCUCUUCUGCUUCCUGCCCAGGAUGCUAUCACUCCCCUUUCGGAACCUGAAGCAGUUGACUUGGUGAAGACUGUUUUCGCAUCUGCCACUGAGAGAGAUAUCUACACUGGAGACAAGCUUGAGAUCAUGAUUCUCAAGGCCGAUGGCAUCAAGACCGAAGUCAUGGACUUAAGGAAAGACUAAGCGACUUUCAGCGCAUAUGAGUGUGUUGGGUGGGAACACGCCUUUGUUACUUGUCGUUUUUUCUUAUUCGCACCUCAAAGCUCCUUCGGUUAUCAAUAUCAUCAACUGUGUUUGAAGUUCAAAACUGUUUCCUUAUGUUGUUAACAAUAACAAAUUCUAGUUCUCUCAUUUAUAAACACAACCGUCUUGGUUAUCUA